GAGUGGUGACUGCGCAUGUCAGGGUGCGGGCAGAAGAUAGUGCUCGACAGGCCUGGAGGUGGGCUUACUUUUCUCUAUUUUGUGGCCUAAUUUACUGCUCCCUGCCGCCCUCCCGCCACCACUCCCAUCCCUGAGCCACGAAGGAACGUCCAGCAUGACCCCACAGGCCACACCAGCACUAUGAGAUGGAGGGCACAUAGGCUGGGAUGAUGAGAAGGAACAAGAGCUCUGCCCACAGUGAGCACCCAGCCGACCACAGAGACGGGAGCGGUGACGGUGGGUGUGUGGGAGAGGACCACGGAGGGGGCAGCUGCUGUAGUAGUGGGGGUGGUGGAGACACCAACCAAGACAGCCACCCAGCAGCCUCCAGCCCCUCUAGUGGGGGUGGGAGGGGAGGCACGUUGCCCCCGCCCAUGCACAAAGACAGCUCCCUCAUCCAGCCAGCCUCCCACCCCCCACCUGUUCCCACCAAGGACUCAAACACCAAGGGUAUGAAGGAAAAGAAGCAAUCGACUAACUCCCUGGGGUCUGGGGAUGGGGCCAAGAGUGUUUACAUUGUAGAUGGCAACAAGGUGAAGCCAACCAUCAAGAAGAAGCCAAUCCAGGCAGAUCGUGAUGUCUCCAAGGAAUUUAAUAGGUGCAAGGAGGAUGGUGCCCAGCGUUUGGACCUCAGCAAUUCCAGCAUCAGCCAGCUCCCCUCUUCCAUGAACAAUGUGACACACCUGGUGGAAUUUUAUCUUUACAGCAACAAGCUAGUAACACUUCCCCCGGAGAUUGGCCGUCUGGUGAACCUGCAAACGCUGGGACUGUCCGAGAACUCCCUCACCUCUCUGCCGGACACACUGAUCAACCUGGUGCAGCUCAAGGUACUGGACCUGCGCCACAACAAGCUGACUGAGAUCCCGGAUGUGGUGUAUAGGCUGCCUUCCCUCAUCACCCUCUUCCUCAGGUUCAACAGGAUCAGGGUGGUGGGUGAGGAGAUCAGGAACCUCAAGAAUUUGAUUACCCUUUCCCUGCGAGAGAAUAGGAUCAGGCAGCUUCCCAAUGGGAUUGGGGAGCUCACUCGCCUGGGCACCCUGGACGUGGCCCACAACCACCUGGAGGUUCUGACUGAGGAGAUAGGAAAUUGCAUUUCUCUGCAAACUCUCCACCUUCAGCACAAUGAGCUUGUAGAACUCCCCCAGUCUAUUGGCAACCUGAGGAAUCUGACCUGUCUCGGCCUGAGAUACAACCGUCUGAAAUCAGUUCCACGCUCUCUUAGCAGAUGCAUUAAUCUAGAUGAGUUCAAUGUGGAGGGCAACCAAAUAUCCCAGCUCCCUGAUGGUCUCCUUAGCUCUCUGUCUAAUCUCUCUUCCCUCACACUGUCCCGAAAUUCCUUCAACUCCUACCCAAUUGGUGGCCCAUCUCAGUUCACAAAUGUUCACUCCAUCAACCUGGAGCACAAUCAGGUGGACCGGAUCCCCUAUGGCAUCUUCUCUCGUGCAAAGCAUCUCACCAAGCUCAACAUGAACUACAACUUUCUCACAUCUCUCCCACUUGAUAUUGGCUCCUGGAUGAACAUGGUUGAAUUGAACCUUGGCACAAAUCAGCUGAACAAAGUCCCCGACGAUAUAUCAUGUUUGCAAAAUUUGGAAGUUCUCAUCUUGACCAACAAUUGUCUCAGGAAAAUUCCCUCAAGCAUAGGAAACUUGAGAAAACUGCGAGUGCUGGACCUUGAGGAGAACCGUUUGGAGGGACUGCCUCCGGAGAUUGGCUUCCUGAAAGACCUUCAAAAACUCGUAGUUCAGUCCAACCAACUGUCAGCUCUGCCUCGAGCCCUUGGGAACCUGAUUAAUCUGACGUACUUGAGCGUAGGAGAAAACAACCUGAGCUACCUGCCGGAGGAGAUUGGCACACUGGAGUCCCUGGAGACCCUGUACCUCAAUGAGAACCCCAUGCUGCACAACCUGCCCUUUGAACUUGCCCUGUGCACCAACCUGCAGAUCAUGUCUAUCGAAAACUGUCCCCUCAGCCAGAUUCCCCCUGAAAUUGUUGCUGGAGGUCCAUCGCUUGUUAUCCAGUUCUUGAAGAUGCAGGGACCAUACCGCACCAUGUGAGGCUGCUGCUCCUUCCCUAGAAAAUGUAAAUGGAAGGAACCAAUUGGCAAACGUCAAGAGCAGAUAUUGGUGUAGCUGAUAUUAGAACUGCAGCUCCAUUAACCAAACCCUGCUGCCCCACACCCAGCCCAAGACCAAGGUUUACCGCUAUUGUUGGUGCAGCAGGGCGAAGUUAUUUCUGUAUUCCCCCUGACCCUCUUAUAAAAAUUAUAAAAAAUGUUACACCAUGAAGGUUAACACGCAUCCGGGUCACCUUACAUACGACCUGGCUAAGAGUUAGGGAUGCAAGCUGCCCAUGUGAUAAUGUGCUUUUCUUGUUAAGUAAUAAGUGUUUACUCAAGGCAAGGCAAAGCCAGCCCAGAAACUUAAUUUGACCACUAUUAUUAACUGACCUUGAUGAAGAGGCAGUGGAAGAGGAACACCCCAUCUCGUAGGUGUCGGAAAGCCGUGAGGCGUGCCGGAGCAAGGCCAUCGCCGCCCAUCGUAGCCGACCUUUGUUGGUGUCUGGUGUCAUUGUAUGAGAUGAAAUGGCCAAACUUUUACCACUGCCAGACACCAAGCUUGGCUACAAUGAGUGGCUGACUCCAUGGCCUGGCACAUUGGUCUUGGGUAGCUUCAGUGUGAAGAGUAGGCCCCCAACUUACUACUACUACUGACUGUAGCAACCAGAGAGGACUAGUGCUUGUGCUCAGUGUCAGGUGUUGACUGUGCAUGUGUGACUGCACGUGCAGAGUGCCGGCCAGAGGUAGUGCUGGUGGUGCCGGCUCUGGUCUCCCCCCUACACAAUGUCCUUUACUGACCAUGACGGUAGCCGUGUGUGACUUCUCCCCCGCUCCACACUGGCUACCAGAUGGUGACUGGAAGAUGUUGAAGCAGUGCCCACCACUGGCCCCGCCCACACUCUGCACUGCUUAAGUGUGUAUUUUCUGGUGUAUAUAUGUAACAUAAGCCAGCUACUACUAGGUUGCUUCAAGCCAUAGCUGUUUGUUCCUCUCAAGACACUGUUGCUUCCCAAACCAGUGCUCCUGUGUAUUGGUUUAUGUAUACAUGAGUGUGUGUUUGUGUGCCUGUGUAUGAGGGUGUAUGUGUGCGUGUGUGUGUGUGCAUGUGUGUGUGUGUGUUCAAGUGAAUUUGUAUGUUUACUGUACUGAGUGUUAACUCAUGAAAAUUACACAAAAUAUUAUGUGUGAAUGUGAACAUCAGUAUUUUCUAGAAAAGCCUAAUUUGCUUUGCAGUGUAAAUAAAUGCUUUCACUCAGUCCAGGAAUAACUUACAAAGAUGAAAAUCAGUUGUAUUUUGCUUCCUGUGCCAAGCUAAGGCUUUAUACUAUUUAUGGUAAAUUUAUUUUUGUCCUUGGUUUUCCCCAAAAAAGCUAUUUGAUCUAGUUUAGUGGCAAAGAAAACCACCACCACGAAGGCCACCUUAGCUUGAUACAGGUGUACCUUGUACUGAAUGUUUGUGUCAGUGGCAGCUGGUGGAGGUUUCUUAGUCCCCCUGGAGCCCACUGUAUCUGGCAAGAACAGGACAGCCAAAGAUGACACUCAUGACACUACCAUUGGCUGAGACUCAUCGGUGCUCUACAGUAAGGGUCUCGUUGCCACAUCAACAUUUCAGAGAAAACCAUUUGACUACACAGUGAGCAGUAUACCACACCAUGUCUCAAAGAAAAAUUAUUAAUGCAUUAUAAGUAUUUUUUCCAAUAAGCUGAAACAUGACCAUUGAACACAGUGCAAGGCAAAAUGGGCAUUAGACCAAAGCCACAAAAAUUCUGUAAUUGCAGUGGUCAGCUGACAUGCCCUUGCACAUAAAAUAAGCUUGAACUUUAACAAAAUUAAUAAUUGUUCAAGCUGCUGCUCCUUGGAGAUUGACAGUUCACCAUUAUGAACUGUACAGCAGUUUGAUUUUAGUAUAUCUUUCAGUGACUGCUGUUGUAAACUCCUUGGAGCAGCCGUGGAGAAUAACCUAGUCAGUGUGCGUUGGGGUGGUGUGCCCACAGGCUGGUGUGGAGCCCUGCUUAGGACGCUCCACACCAUCAGUGCUUGUAGCCUCCACCCCACAGACAUAACCAAUGCUUAUUACUCAAAUGGACAUGCCGUGUAUCAGUCGCAUCUCAAAAAUGUUAUUCAAUAAACCUGUAGGAACAAUA